AUGGCCGGCUCGAGUGGAGCUCCACCAUUCCUCGUCCUCCGCCGCGUUGCUCUUUGCUCAUUGAAGCCCACAGCAAACCGUAGGUCGGUGUCCGAGACGGAAUCGAGGGUUUCGGCAGAAGUGGAAGAUGCCACGCAUCAUGGAAAGAAGCGGCGCAAGUUCAAGACUCGGACACGAUAUCUGUUCACGACAACACUCGAAAGUCUUGACUGUUCCUCCAUCUUCAUCCUCUUGCUUGCACUCAAACCCAAGCUAUCCAACAUGAGUACUCAGCUACUUCGAGGCUCCAACAAGGACGACAUCUUCGAGGACGAGGCAAAAUCGACCGGACAGGCCCUUCCUCCCCAGGUGUAUGGAUUUGAAGAUGUCGUCGAUCAAAUCGAGGAGGCGCUAGUCGACAAGCGAGUGUCGCACAAUCAAGCGUACCGCUUCAAGGUCAUCGAGACGAUCUUCAACUUCUUCGAAACCAAGCGCAGUCAGCUGCUCGAAGCUGCAUCGAAGGAUUUCUACGGCAAGGCUGCACGUGCCGAGCUGGAGCUUGACUACGCCUUGACUUUGUCUCAGAUCGCGGCUGCUCUGCAGACUCAAUGUAAGCCAAACGCUCCCGGCGGCGCUCUGCCUGACCGCUUCUUCAGCAAGUUGUCCACCGAAGUCAAAGGAGGCAGCCACGCGGCACAAGUCAAUGUCGCCAGGCCAGUCGGUGCGGUGCUCAUCGCAGCGCAGCCAAAACGUCCGUUCGACGACCUCUUCGCGCCGCUCGUGUCAGCUAUCGCCGCGGGAAACGUGGUUUGCGUUGUGCUUUCGCCUACGCUGCCCGCCGUCAACAGGUUGAUUUUGGAGCAGUUGACCACCGAGCUGCCCAAGUCAGCCGUGUUUUUCGUCAAUCCGGUCGAUAUGGCAGAAGCCCAACAGGGUAUUGCCGACCUGCGAAACCUGAACACGGAAGUCUUUGGAAUCCAGAUCCCAGGAUCAUCGCAUGUAGCGACCCGCGUCACGGUUCCAGGCUCGGCAUACAUUUCUGCCUCGCUCGUGAACGCUACGAGCAGCUCAAUCCCUUCGGUACUCGGCGGAUCGCCCUCAAAGGCGAUCGCUGCCAGGCUCAGGGACGUUGCAGCUGAGGUGGUGGAGGGUGCAGCCAUGUGUCUUGGAAGAGGCGUGGGAGCUCCCAAGUAUCUGUUCGUUCACGAGGAGGCAUACGCAGCAUUCCGCGACGCUCUGAUCUUGGCCAUCGCAACCUCUUCUGCCAAUCUAGCGCCUCGUGAUGAUGGGUCGCAGCUGGAAGAGACAAUCCUGAGCGAGCAGACGACGGGUAGCAAAGUAGGCGUUUCAGGUGGAGCGUCUCGCAUUCAGAAGCCGUUCCCGUCCGAGAAGCGGCCUGGCUCGGUAGCUCUCGUAGAGGUCGACAUCGAAGCCAGCCGCGCUGCCAAGCUCAGCGCCGUGAUCAGCGACCGCAAGGCUGUGGCACAGAUCAAGGAGUUGGCAGCGCUGGUGCUCGUGGGUGUCAGCAGCACCGAACACGCAUUCGGGCUAGUAGAAGAACUAGGUCUGCAAAAGGGACACAUGGUGAUCUACUCGCACGAUUCUGCCGAGGUUCAGCAUGUCCUUCGAGAGCUUGAACCAGCUACGCUGUCGGUCAACCACGUUGCUCCCGAAAACCUCUUCUCGAGCUACGCGCCGAAGCCUGCGGCCUGCAGCGCGGUUCUGCACUACCAUGGUCAUGCGCUCUCGCGACGCGCCAACUUGAUGGAAGAGUCGUCCGGACUUCGAUGGCCGCUCGCACUGUUCCAGACCAGCAGCACAGCCUACCUCGCUGGGGUUCGGAGCACAUCGUUGGGAUUGUCGGGAAUCGCCGCUUCAUCGGCUGCUUCUCGAUCGGCGUUGUCGAGCGCCUCGACGCAACAACGACAGCUCGCCGUCAAGAAGGCGCUCGCCAGUCACAUCGCCAAGACAAAACGACUUGCCAGCCGUUCACGUCCUGCGGUCGCUGUCCCCGUGCUACGUGUGUUCUUCCUGCAAGGACUGUUCCUGUUCUGGGGCAGCGCUUUGAGCUGCACCCUAGCUGGUCUCGGCUUUGGCGCUUUCAAGCUUUCGCAUUGGGCCUGGAUGCGAUACAUCAGCGCGUCUGCAUGA